UUGGCGGUGCCCUCAGACUUGUCCCGGUCCCAGAGUUUCUUGGUGGCGCAGAAGGACUCCUUGAACGAAAGGACUCAGAGUCCAGAGUUCCCACCGAGGGAUCUAAUCUAGGGGACCGCCACCCGCGCAGCCACCAUGUCCAACUUCUCUGGCAACUGGAAGAUCAUCCGCUCAGAAAACUUUGAGGAAAUGCUCAAAGCGCUGGGAGUGAACAUGAUGCUGAGGAAGAUUGCAGUAGCCGCAGCAUCCAAGCCUACUGUGGAGAUCAAACAGGAUGGAGAUCAUUUCUACAUCAAGACCUCCACCACCGUGCGCACCACUGAGAUUGACUUCAAGAUCGGGGAAGAGUUUGAGGAACAGACCGUGGACGGAAAACCUUGCAAGAGCUUGGUGAGAUGGGAGCGUGAGAACAAAAUGGUGUGCGAGCAGAGGCUGCUGAAGGGAGAGGGCCCCAAAACUUCCUGGACCAGGGAGCUGACCAACGAUGGGGAGCUGAUCCUGGUCAUGACUGCGGAUGACGUCGUGUGCACCAGGGUCUAUGUCCGGGAGUGAGGGGCCAUGAGAACGGCCCGAUCCCACCUCUACCCAUGCUCCCUGCCUUGCUCCACUUCCCGCUGCCUGCCACCCUGCCAUUUGUGCCUUGCUAGGCUAGUCCUCCCCUUGCCCCGGUCACCUUCAGGGGCCCCUGGGUAUCUCUGGUGGGGUCUGGCUUUCUUGGACCCCUUGUCCCUUUUCAUAUAGCAACAAAGAGGUGCAGACUGCCAGAACCCAGAUGGCUCCUUCCGGAAUCACUACCCGCCCUAUCCCCCACCCUCCGGCUCUGCCACUUCCCUAAGUCAGCAGCCCCAGCCCCAAGUUGCAAGUGUCCGACUGAGACCAAGGAUCUGAAUUGGGAAAGGCUGGGUCUCUGGCACCUACUCUUCGUUCCUGUUGACUUGUCAG